AUGACCAGGUCGACCCGCUCCGGACCGGGAGCUUCGAAUACGCGUCGGCAGGAGUACCAAUCGCUAGACAACCAAUCUUCUGACGACGAUCACCCCUCGAGCACACUGGAUGAUGUGACCCGCACCACCAAUCGCGAACUCGGCACCGCAAUGCCCGAUCCCUACCUUGACGACCUCCUUUCCAGCGGCGACGAGUCCUCCACCCAAGACGACGCGAACGUCAAGCUCCUACCACUCGAUAAGAAUACUGAGACAAAAAAGCGAGGGAAGCGAGUCCAAUUUACUCCAGAACCCAGCUCUGCGAGUGCUGCGAGCCCCAUUCCCGGCGACGAAUCCGGGGAACCGCGCAAUGUGAGCAAGGCGAUCGAGCACAUGUUGGAUCAUGAGCGGGAUAUACUGUCGGAAACGUUCGAUGAGGAUCUGCAUCAUAGCGCCUCACAUUACAUCCUGGAUGACGAUGAUAGCGAUGAUUACGGGAUCCCGACACAUAAAGGCGUGGGAGCUACGCCGUACAAGGACAAGAAGACGAUCUGGAAUUCCGGAAUAAAGUCGUUGCUACAUAUCACAGCCUGGUGGCAUGUUUUCCCGCUGGCUGCAAUUGCAUUGCUAGUGAUGUGGCUUGCGACGAAGGGUUUGCCGUGGGUGAUGGGUGGGAAACCUGUCAAAGAAUAUUCGCCUGUUCCGUGGUAUCCGACUCCCCUUGGUGGGACCAAUGGUGCGUGGAGAGAAAGUUAUGGCAAGGCCCAUGAUCUCGUGGAACGCAUGGAACUGGUGGAGAAAGUGAACAUCACAACUGGGACAGGAUGGCAGAUGGGACUUUGCGUUGGAAAUACCGGGCCCGCUGAAAAUGUCCAAUUCCCCUCACUCUGCCUGCAGGAUGGUCCUCUAGGUCUUCGCUUUGCGGAUAAUAUCACCGCAUUCCCAGCUGGGAUCACCACAGGGGCCACCUGGAAUCGUGAACUCAUGUCGCAACGAGGGUUUGCGCUGGGGCAGGAAGCGCGGGCGAAGGGAGUCAAUGUUAUUUUGGGGCCGGCUAUGGGGCCCUUGGGAAUGAUGCCCGCUGGUGGUCGCAACUGGGAGGGCUUCGGAUCCGACCCUGUUCUCCAGGGAGUGGCUGCUUCAGAGACUAUCCGUGGCAUUCAGCGCAACGGUGUGAUGGCGACAGCCAAACACUUCUUGAUGAAUGAACAGGAGCAUUAUCGCCAAGCCAACGAAUGGGGUAACGAAAAUGCUAUCUCUUCUAACGUCGAUGACCGUGCAAUCCACGAAGUCUUCGCCUGGCCUUUUGCCGAGAGUGUGCGUGCCGAUGUUGCAAGUGUCAUGUGCUCCUACCAGAAAGUCAACAACAGCUAUGCUUGCGAAAACAGCAAGUUGCUCAAUGGCCUUCUCAAAGAUGAACUCGGUUUCCAAGGCUUUGUGCAAUCUGAUUGGCUUGCUCAACGAUCUGGUGUGCAGAGUGCAUUGAGCGGUCUUGAUAUGAGCAUGCCCGGUGACGGUGCAGACUGGGCGGACGGUGACUCUUUCUGGGGCAUGCGAUUGACACAGGCCGCUCUCAACACUUCCGUACCUAUGCAGCGCAUCAACGACAUGGUCACCCGUAUCGUUGCGGCUUGGUACCACUUCCGCCAGGACUCGUGGGACCAACCUCCGCCGUUGGGAAAGGGUGGACCGAACUUUUCUUCAUGGACAAACGAGAAAAUGGGAGGGCUCCAUCCUGGGAGCGAAGAUGACGAUACGCACGAGGUGGUCAACCACUAUGUGAACGCGCAAGUCACAGGGUCCAAGUCGCUCCCACACUCCCUCGUAGCUCGGAGAGUAGCCGCGGAAGGAACCGUUCUCUUGAAGAAUGUCGACAACACCCUCCCCCUCUCACGCAGUGCUACUGGCCCGAAAGGAGCCUAUCGUGUCGGCAUCUAUGGCGAGGACGCUGGUCCCGGCGAAGGUCCUAAUAUUUGUGCCGAUCGUGGCUGCAACCAAGGUACCCUUGGCUCUGGCUGGGGAAGUGGUGCGGUCGAGUUCCCGUAUCUCAUCAGUCCUUGGGAAGCCCUGCGACUUGCGUGGCAUUCAGAGACGAGUGAUGUGCGAGGAUUCCUGGGGAAUGACGUUGCGCUGAAGAACCUGGUAGACCAGGAUCUCUGCCUUGUCUUUGCAAACUCUGACGGAGGCGAGGGGUUCCUUCACGACGAUGACAUCUUUGGAGACCGUAAUAAUCUUGACCUACAACACAGCGGUGCGAAGCUCAUUGAACGUGUGGCUACGCAUUGUGGCGGCGGUCAAGGCAAGACCGUUGUUGUUUUGCAUUCUAUCGGCCCUGUUGUGAUGGAGUCCUGGAUCGAUCUGCCUGGAGUACAUGCUGUUCUCUAUGCCAACCUACCCGGACAGGAAAGUGGCAACGCCUUGGCAGAUGUUCUCUUUGGCGACGUUGAUGCUAGCGGCCGGUUGCCUUAUACAAUUGGCCGAUCGCUCGAAGACUAUGGUCCCAACGCUAAGGUGCUUUACGAUACGAGAGACAGGCAGCCGGAGAUCACCUUUGAUCAGGGGCUCUACAUUGACUAUCGGUAUUUCGACAAGAACAAUAUUACUCCGCGCUACGAGUUUGGGUUUGGCUUGUCUUACACUACCUUCAACAUCUCUUCACUCGUGGUCCAGCCCCUGCAAGAAAAGUCUCGUCUCCCAUCCGACCGUCCCAAGGACGAGAUUGAUCCCCCACGGUACGACACCAAACCACCAACAGAGUCUUCGACUAGAUUCCCAGCUAGUAUUAAAGCUCUGUCAAAGUACAUCUACCCCUACACCCGGGAUCGAGCCGGGACAAAACCUGGUUCCUACCCUUACCCCGAAGGGUACAAGACGCGCCAGCACCCCUCCGACGCAGGCGGCGGACCGGGUGGUAACCCAUCUCUCUACGAAGAGAUGCUGGCAGUGUCUGUUCAGGUUACCAACACUGGCCAACGACCUGGCAAAGAGGUGGUGCAGAUCUACCUUUCUUUCCCGGAACGUGUUGCGGAACAUCGCGGCUUGGGCCAGUCCCGAGAGAACAUUGAGUUCCCCGAUCGUGUCCUCCGAAAUUUCACCAAGAUUUCUCUUGAACCUGGUGAGAGCACUAACGUUCAGAUGACGUUGUCCCGAAAGGAUUUGAGUUAUUGGAGUGUGCGAGCUCAGAAUUGGGUGAUGCCGAUUGAAGGCACAUUCCGUAUCUGGGCUGGGCGGAGCUCUCGAGAUCUGCCGCUCGUUGCAGAGUUUUGA